AAUAAUCCACAUCACAAUAAAUUCACAAGAAGCAAAAGGGAAAUAAACAACAGAAAUGGCCACCACUUUCACAGAGAGUGAGCACAAGGCUACCAAAAAGCAAGAAGUCACAGUGGUGGAUAAAGAUGAAGAGCACCAGAAUGACGAAGAAGAGUUCUUCGAGCUCGAUUUGGAGGUGCUUAACCGCAUAGAGACACUGCAGUAUUACGAGCACCGUCAGACUACCGCAGAAGCACUUCUUGCGAAUUGCCUUCUUCCUGUUGAGUAUAUAUGCAAUGCAAUACCGAUCGAAAGCAGCAGCAGCAGCAGCAGCAGCAGGAUGAAUGUUCCCUCAAAGAGGUUUGCCUACACACAAUAUCCAACGGUUGAUUCUCGUUGCGGGAGUUUCGAUGGAAGAAACACACGGAAGGUGAGCUAUGGUCAUUUCUGAACUAAACAGAAGUGCGAUAUAUAAUUCAAAGCGCACUUGAUUAAAUUCAAACACACUGUUAGCAUGAAAGAAGUGAUCUUGUUUGUACUUUAGUUUGCCUCCACUAUGCAGUGCUACAUAUAUAUAAAAGGUAUUUGCAAUUUUAUGACAUUGAAGA